GCAUUUGCAUCCAAGUAAGUUACCUAGCCAUGAAUGUAAAGGCAGAUGCAAUUAAAAAAAAUUUUUUCAAAGAAAAGCUAUAUGGUCUCAGCUAGUUAGCUGGUUAAACUUGUUGGUGCCUUUAAACUGUAUGCAAAAUUACUCCAUGAAGAAUAUGAUUCAGGAGUAAAGGAGCUUCUGUAGCAGCCAAGCUGUAGUGUCAGCUCUGUCAAUACAGAAUUUACUGCCACCAGUCUCUGGUUGAUAUAAGGAGGCACAGAAUCUACUCAGCUGAAGCAUGGGCAUAUAUGAGGUCUUCUGCUCCAGUGAUUCAGAAAUGCUAAUUACAGGGAUGGGUGCAGCUUCUGUGUGUGUCAUGCUGCUCUGCUUUAACAAACACUGAUCCAGAAUGACCUGGUCUGACCUAGAUGACCAGGAGCAAUGAGUGCUGACUGAGCUUUUCAGUUUUAACUAUACUUAACAGUGAAGGGAUUCUAUCUCAGCUAUCCACAAGCUUAGACUGGUCAGCAUCAACAGUGGGCAAAGCUAAUUCAUUUCACUCUGCCAUUGUUCACUCUAAUCAUUAUUGACUUUUCACAAUAAAAUAUCAUCAACAAUUUGUAAAAAAAAAAAAAGUGAAUAUUGAGUGGUAAAAUAAUGCUCUAGAAUGAGUUCUGUUGCAGCUGUUCUCUUACAAAAUUUUACUAGAAAAGCUAGGCAAAAAUAUCAGUUGCACUGACUGUUGUCUUACAGUAUGUACCGCUUUUCAGACAUGUCCAUUCUGGCCCACCUCCCAAUAUCACAAUUCCCCCUUCCAAAAGAUGAAAAGAAACAGGACCCCCGGCUUUUGUGACAAGGAAAUGAAGCAGCAUUUUUAUGCCUGUCAUAUUUGAUCAGGACCUAAAUGGUUUCCCAGGGCCAUCCCGGGGCUAGUCCUGGCAAGAGACACUAGUUCUGGCAGCCAGGGAGAGCAGUUGGCAUCCUCGAGGAGAGUGCCCUCAUAGAGAGGCCUGUCACUUGCAUUUCUAUGCCCCAUACUUGCAGCACAGUGUUCAUGUCUUAGUGCACUAACAAUCAGAAUCAACCACCUCUUUUAUUUUGCAUAUGCUGUGGGCCAAAACAGAGAUUCAGUUUGUGCAAUCCUCUCUACCAUUUGCUUCUGUAUGCUUGUGAAUAGGCAGAAAAACAGGAAGAAAAAGUGUGUUUAAUUGAGAUCUGCAGUGUGUGGUCUAUAUUAGAGCUGGCUGAAUAUACUGCUUGUCUACAGAGAUUACAGCACCCUUGGAAAGGCAGAAGGAUUUGUGAUGCAGGGUGAAAGUUGCACUCACUUUGAGCCCCCUUGUGUUUUAGGCAGCUGAGGUGACUCCUGCAUGCAUGGCCCAGGGGCCUUCUCUUACCUCACACUUUAUUCGCCCAUGGGCUGAAGGAUCAUGGGGAACCUAAUAAGCAGACCUAGCUGCCUGGGUCAAAAGUCCAAGCAAGUGAGGUCAAAUGAGGACUUCCUCAAGGAGUGCUACCAGCGACAGAGAGAAUGGCCUCUCCCAGAGCCUCCUAGAGAGGAGAGGAAGAAUGUGGACAAUGUGGACCAUGUGGACCAGGUUCCUCCACAGGUUCCCACACCAGACAAAAACAGGAGCUCGCCUGCUCCUACUGUCACCACUACCAGCACAUUGGAUAAUGCCUGGAGAAGCACACCUUCCCCGGCCAAAACGCCAUACAAUGGGUCUUUGCCGAGGAGAGCUAAUGUUCCCGAGUACAGGAGAUCCCCCCUGGGCCAGUGCGGAACAGCAGAGGGAAGAGCCACCCUGCAAAGACGAGACUCCGGGAGCCCAUGGUCAUGGAAAACCUUGAGCUCAAGAGAAGUCACAGAGGUCACCGAAGUAACAGAGACUAUUGUGACUGAGAUUGUGGAGGUGACAGAGUAUCCAGCUGGGCAGAAGGGCGGUGAUCCCAUUGUGACCAGGACUGUUAGGGUCCUCACCGGAGCAGCCGAGGAAUUAGCAGAGUUGCAAAAUGAUGGCCAGUCCAGUACGGAGCAAGACUCAAGUCUGGUUGUAUGGAAGGGUGCCAAAAGUGCUUUAGCUCUGAAAGAUGAACUUGGGGAUUCUCAGACAUUCCAGCAAAAUCUCCAAGCAUUGCUGAUGUGGGUUUGUGAGAUUGAAGAACUUACAGCAAAUCAAAAGCCUCCCUCCUCUGAGUUUAAAGUGGUGAAAGCUCAGCUGCAAGAACAGAAGCUUCUGCAGCGUCUUCUAGAGGAAAGGAGGCCUAGCAUGGAGACCAUGAUGCAGGAGGGCCCACGCUUGGUAGAGGUGCUUCACGGAGAGGAAGGAGAAGGAGCCAAACUACAGCUUCCCCAUCUCAAACUCAGAUGGGAGGCUUUGCUCUUGGGAGCUGACAGAAGGAGACAGAGUUUGGAGGUCAUUUUGCCCCAGGCUCAGCUUUUCCAAGAGAGAGUGGACAGUCUUCACCAAUGGCUCAUUUUAGUGGAGCAGGACCUAGCUGAGCUCCGUUCUGCAGAGAGGGCAAUGCUUCAUCUACAGGAGGCCACAGAACAGGCCAAGGCAGUUGUGGAGGAGAUAAAAGCAAAGAAUGCAGACUUAGGAAAACUUCAACAGUGCAGUCAUGAUCUCAUGGAGAAAGUCUCAGAAGAGGAGUCCCAACUGGUACAGGAGAAGACGGACAGUUUGCGGAUUCGGUACUCUGUGUUGAGUUUAAGCAGUGCUGAUGUGCUUCAGAGACUAGAGCAGGCCCUGGAGGCUUCCAGCCGAUGCACCUCCAGUCAGGAGGACCUGCACCUGUGGCUGGGCCGCAUUGAGAGAGAACUAUUGGGGCCAGCUCAGUCUGGGGAUGCAGUGUUGUGUGUUGCUGAGAGACAGAGGUUGGAACAGGCAGUUGAGAAGGAGCUGGCCUGGUUUAGAGCUACGUCCCUGGGAUUGGAGAACCUCAAAGCCAUCAACCUUGACAAUGAGGUCAUUGCUACCCAGCUCUAUGAGCAGAAAAUACUUGCAGUGGAGAUUCUACAGCACAGGUUUAAUAUAGAAAAAAUGGUGAAGAUUUCUGAACUUUUACAGACCUACACUGAAGAUGGGGAAAUGGAAAGUCUACAGACAAGCCUAGAUGUUCUGCAGGAGCAGUGUCAGAUAACCACUGGCACAAAUUCCCAUGUGGUGCUGCAGCUGGAGCAUGCUCAGUCCCUCUUGUCCCAGUUCUCAGAGGGCUAUGCCGAGGUGUUGCCAUGGUUACAGGAAACUAAAGCCCUUAUAGGCCAGCUUGCUCUAAACACCAUCAGUUACGAAACUUUCAGAGAACAACAGGAGCUCUUACAGGGUCUAAGGGAGUCUAUAGCUGAGCACAAGCCCCUGAUAGCCCGACUGGGGAUGCUGGCCAAACGUCUGUCAGACCUGAAUGCUAGCCAGGCACAGCAGUACUGCCAGAGGGCCGCAGAGGCUGAGCAACAGCACCAGACCAUCAGAGACACAGUGAGAGAGGCUGCUUCAGUCCUAGAGGAGUCUUUGCCUCGCUACACACAGCUGAAUGAGAGGAUGACACUGAUAAGAGAAAGCCUUGAACGUCUGCACAGCCACAUGCAGGCCUCAGUGGUUCUGCAGGGCCUGACUCCUCGCAUUCAAGAGCAGCUGCAGGACAACAUGCACACUCUGGCUGAGCUCGCCAAGCUGGAGAUGAGCCUUAGCAGUGUGGCGUCUCAGACUGAAGAGCUUCUGGCCAACACACAAGCAGCAGGAGACAGUGCCAUCAGCACAGACAUCCAGGCACGGGUAGACGACCUGACAAGUCAGUGGCAGGAGGCUCACAGGCAGGCUCAGGAGAAGGAGAAGUGGCUGCUCAAUUUGUUGGAUCUAGCAAUGAGAUUUUGGAGUGACGUAAGCGACAUGACAGCUGGGCUGAAUGAUGCACAGCAGGCUGUUCUGGACCUGAACUCCAGCAGGUCUGACUCUGAGGUCAUCCGACAGAGCCUGGAAACCAUGCAGAUACUGAGGGAGGACAUAGAUGGACUGCAAGGGGAACUGGAUACACUCGGAGUUCUGGGUAUGGAACUGAUGUCAGCUUGUGGAGACACAGACAAGCCAGAGGUCACAAAGAGUUUGGAUGAGCUGUAUUGUACAUGGAAUAAUCUAAGUAAAAUCUGGACUGAAUGCCACAGAAAAUUAGAAGAAUCUCUACAGCUGGCACUGAAUUAUCAGGACACCAUGCAAGGACUGUUUGAGUGGCUCAAGUCUGCAGAGCUGAAGUCCACUGAAGAGUUUUUAGUGGGUUCUGACUUGGGAUCUGUCAGAGAGCAGCUGUGUGACCUAAAGGAGUUCAAGCGGGAGCUGUAUCAAAAGAAGAUUGAAAUUGAGAGCCUGAACCAUCGCUUUGUGUGUCAUCUCUCUCCGGGCUCUGAGCGGCCGGGAUCCGUCUCUCCACUGUGUGACUUCCGGCAGCGCUGGGAUAGCCUGGAAUCAGAAACUGUCAGCAGACAGCACCAGCUGGAGUGUGCAUUGUUGGGAUUGGGACAGUUCCAAAAUAAUCUUGAUGAGCUACAUGCCUGGCUCUCCCAUACUGCUGACCUAUUAAAGGUGUCUCGACCAAUCAGCAUUGACCUGCAGACUUGUGAGAUUGAGCUGGCCAAACACAAGGUACUGCGUAAUGAUGUGAUGUCCCAUGUCCACACGGUGGAGUCUCUGAACAAGGCUGGAAGGGAGCUGCUGGAGGCCGGGGGAGACAGUCCUCAUGGCCUGCAGCCUCGUCUGGAGCAACUGAAUGAGCGCUGGGAGUUUGUGCGCUGUGAAACAGAGCGCAGGCAGCUGGAGCUGGAGAACAACCUGAGUCAGGUUCAGGAUGUAACCAUGGAGAUCCAGGACCUGUUGCAGUGGCUAGAACAUACAGACCUGCGUCUGUCUUCCAGUAAAACUGUGUGGGGCAUGCCUGACUCUGCUGGGGAAAGACUCAGUUCUCAUCUGGAGCUGUGUAAUGAGAUGGAUUCUAAGAUGCACAGCUACACCAACGUGCGUAAUGCUGUCCAUAGGAUGCUAGAGGGCAGCAAUGUGGCUCGCGGCUCCAGCACUGAGCACAGCUUAUGCAUUCUGGAGCAGAAGUGGAGCACUGUCUAUGCAAAAAUGCAAGAACGCAAGGCUAAGUUGACAGAAGGACUUGGUCUGGCUAAAGAGUUUAACAGUAAUGUACAAGAUCUUCUGACCAAAAUGGCAAAGUGUGAAGAGGCCAUUAGUGCCCUGCCGGCUCCCAGUUUCAUUCUUGACACUAUCAGCACUCAGCUUCAGGAGCACAGGCUGCUGGUGAGUGAGGUCCAUUCAUAUGGAGAGAAGAAGACUUGUGUGGAGAAUGCUGCCACUCAGCUCUCAGAGCUCAGCAGAAAGGAGGACUGUGAUGUAGUGCAGAACCUGGUGAUAACCGUGCAAGAUCGCUACAGAAAGCUCCACCAGCACACCACUGAGAGGGGCAAGGCUCUAGAGGAAGUAAGAAGACAAGUUAAACAGUUCAGUGAAACCUGGCACCUGCUGAUAGACUGGAUGAGUGAGGUGGAGCAGACGCUUGACACACAUAAAGAAAUUGCUGUGUCACACGAGGAGAUCAAACAGCAACUCACUGAGCAGAAGGAAUUCCAGAAACACUUCCGCUCAAAGAGGCCCAUGUAUGAGGCCUGUUUGAAGAGCGGUCGCUCACUUUUAGAAAAAGCUCAGAAUGUGUCAGACACUCAGCAUCUUGAGAACAUGGUGUCUGAGCUCAGAGACUCUUGGGACACCAUUAGUGGGAAGUCCCUCGAGCGGCAACACAAGCUGGAGGAGGCACUGCUCUUUUCAGGCAGGUUUACUGAUGCACUGCAGGCACUCAAUGAUUGGCUAUACAGGGCAGAGCCACAGCUUGCUGAAGAUGUGCCUGUAGGUGGCGAGAAGGACCUGGUCAAUAAUUUGAUUGAUAAGCACAAGGUGUUCCAGAAGGAGUUGGGGAAGCGUGCUGGCUGUAUUCGCACCCUGAAGCGCUCUGUGAGGGACCUGACUCGUGGCAGCACUGCUGAUGCCCACUGGCUGCAGGAGCAGAUGGAGGAGCUGGAGGUCCGCUGGGAUGCUGUGUGUAAACUCUCUGUAUCCAAGCAGGCCAGAUUGGAAGCAGCACUACAGCAGGCAGAGGAGUUUGAUGGAAAGGUUCACUCAUUCCUUGAUCAUCUUGCGGACAUUGAAAGGGUUCUGAAAUAUGGAGCGCUGCCUGAGGAAGAGGAGGCCCUCGUGGCUUUUCGUACACAGCACCAGGAAUCAAUGAAUUCUUUGAGAGUUCAGCAGGCACAGCUGGAAUCUAUACAGGCCCUAGGAGAGCAAAUUCUGUCCUUCUGCCACCCUGACUCUAUUAUCACUAUAAAGUCCUGGAUCAGCGUCACCAAGACUCGCUACGAGGAGGUGCAGACAUGGGCGCAGCAGCAAGCUGAACGGAUCCAGGCCAUGCUCUCUACUCUGGAGGCUGAAAGAGAGGAAGUGCAGCGUCUGUUGGACUGGAUCUCUGCUGCUGAGGAGUCUCUGAACCUCAGAGAGCAGGAAGCCCUGCCUCAUGACAUGGAUCAGACAGCAGAACUUAUCCACCAGCACACUGUUUUCAUGGAUGAGUUAAAGAGAAAAUUGUAUGAGGUUGAAAAUGCAACAAAAUCCUGCAAACACAAGCUGACUCCUAAGCAGCAUGUGUCUCCUAGCCACAGGAUGCCAAGCAAAAGGAGAGGCUCACAGAAACCCCAGGCUUCAGUACCAUUACCUCUGGAGAGGCUGGAGCCUCACACCCCUCAGCUCAGUCAGCUGAUCAGCCAGUGGCAGAAACUUUGGCUCUUGUCUCACAACAGACAGAAGAGACUAGAGGAGCACCAGCAAAAACUCAGAGAGUUGGAGGAGUUUGCCAACUUUGACUUUAACAUCUGGCGCAAAAGGUACAUGCAGUGGAUAAGUCACCUCAAGUCACGGAUUUUAGAUGUCUUUCGAAGCAUUGAUCGAGAUCAGGAUGGUAGAAUCACACAGAAAGAGUUUAUUGACGGUGUUCUCGCCUCAAAAUUCCCAACUAAUUCCCUGGAAAUGACAGCUGUUGCAAACAUCUUUGAUGUCAAUGGUGAUGGAUUCAUUGACUACUAUGAGUUUGUGAGUGCACUCCACCCAAGCCGAGAUCCCUACAGAAGAACAAUAGAUGCAGACCAAAUCAAUGAAGAGGUGAGCCGGCAAGUUUCCCAGUGCAACUGCCCAAAGAGGUUUCAGGUGGAGCAGAUUAGCGCGAACCGAUACAGGUUCGGAGACUCUCAGCAGUUACGAAUGGUGCGCAUUUUACGAAGCACGCUCAUGGUACGUGUUGGUGGUGGAUGGACAGCCCUGGAUGAAUUUCUGGUCAAGAAUGACCCUUGCAGAGUGAAAGGUCGGACGAACCUAAAGAUAAAGGAGAAAUAUUUGUCGCCUGAGUCAUUCGAGGCAUCAGGUCGCAGAGGGAGCACAAAGGGGCUGGCAGUGAGCAGGUCAAACUCCAGCCUGAGUUUAUACAGCAGCGCUUCAGCUCCUAGCAGUCCCUUAACUCGCAAGGCACUGUUACGCAGAAGUUUCUCUGGAGAUCGUUGCAUCCGACCCAGGAGCUCUAUAGCAGCAUUAGGGACAGAGCAGUUUUCCACAGCAGGAGAUGAUGGCUCUCCCUCACCCACAGAGGAAGCUGAGAGAGCUCCUACAUGACCCUGUCCUCGACUUCCAGCAUAUGAAAGCAACAGGACUCAGGGUCCUCACUGCUCUGAGACACAGAAAAGGAACAGGCCAAAAACAGUACACCUUGUCUCAGUAAGGAUCUGGAUAGGAAUACUCUACACACCUAACCCAUACCUACCCUGGCGGCCAGACUUCAUGUUGUUCCUCCAAGUGCUAUGUGGUUCAUAUGAGGUCAAUUUUAUCAGUCAGAGGUGUAAUGAGAAUUUCAUCCACUUGACUUAGAAAUUAUGCAAACUUUGUUGUUUAUCAUAACAUGUCAUUGAUUUGUCAGCCUAUUUUUUAUACAAAAUAUACUCAAUAUGUUGUCUGUCAUGAGAGACUUGAAGCAUUAAGAUGUUCUGCAUGGGUAUUAACUGCAUGAUGCCUCCUGACAAAUCCCAAAUACCUUAUGUAAUUCUUUUUACAAGACAUAGUGUUUACUGAGGUCAUCAUUUUCUUCAAGGGCCUUGUAUGAGUAUGACAACUAUGCCAAUGCCUUCUUUAUGGCUUUACUGACUAGUCUGUUUAUACUCUUUGUCUCAUACAUGCACAGCAGUGUUCUGAUUCACUUAGGUAGGAGCUGCCCUGCAGAUAAUGAUGCAAACCAAAACAAACAGACCUCGCUCAACUGCCUUAAGGCUUGAAUUAAUGUCUACUAUAUUAUGUAUUGUAUAAUUGUAAUCUCUGCUUUUAAGGUCCAUUUUUAUUGAUCUUUGUGGUUGUAGAAUUUCCUCAGGUUUGGUGAGUCAGACUAUUUUAUUAAGAUAUUAUUCAGAAUUAUCCAGAAUUGUCAAAUAACAUGGCCCUCAUACAAAGUUACUUUGUAAUUCCAAGUUCUUUUCUCAUUUUCUGAUAAAAACAGAUCAACUGAAAUCCACCGUGUAAUGAUUUUGCUUUGGUCUCUAGCUGUGUAAAGGUCUUUCUGGUGUAAGUUUUUUUCAGCUUAUAUCCACACAUAGGUUUUUAAAUAAUUAUUUGAUUUUGAACAAUCAAGUCGACUGUAUCUUUACGUGUCUCCCUAAGAGGAUAUGAAAGUGUAGGUCUCCAUGAGAUUAGCAUCAUAUAAAUUGUCGAACAAACAUUUGAGCCAAAAGAAACCAUGUAUAUUUGAUCUGUUUUUGCAUUGUCCUGCUCAGGGCCGCGUCCUGUGUGUUCGUUUUCUGCCUUAAAUACUCUUGUGAAUGUUGAGACAUGGCACUACUAUAUGAAAGUGCUAGUUCUAGCUUUUGCUUCAUGUUACAUAUCAUGUAUGUGUCUUUUCUGCUGACUAUAACACUGAAAACAUAUGGUAUAUCAGUCUCGUGUGAUGGUGGUCCAUUAGCAAAGGUCUGGAUGGGUCUGACAAUGGAAGGGUAUAGAAUGUUCAUGUUUACACAUCUGUUUUCUAGCGCUGCAUCUUCAUCCAUACCAUCCAGUGUAUGACAGCAGACUCUGUAAAACAUUGGAGAGAGCUUUUCCUGGCUAUGCACCUUUCUGGUGAUAUCAAAUAAAACACUGCAUGUAUUCACAACAGCACACUUUUAAGUCAUUGUAGAGGAAUGUCACUAAUAUGGCGUCUCUUGUAAAAUAAACUUUUUUAUAGAA